AUGGAAGAUACAGCGGCCAUCGAUAGAGCUAUGGAAGAAGGCAGCCGUUGUGGAGAGAAUUAUGGUGCAUCCACAGUUAGACCAGACAUCCUUGAUAACCCGUCAGGCACAUACCUUGUCAGUUCUCCUAUCAUUGCGUGCCAUAACACUCAGAUGAUUGACAACGUGAGAUAUCCCCAUUGCACCUCAAUGGUUUAUUCAAUGGUUACCUGGGAUUAUCUACUAGCUCGCGAUUCGAAGAGGGUAAAGAGCAGUAAUAUAUCACCUACGGGCCGGCAGGCUCAGAUCGACAUCUAUGUUGCUUGUGUGGCUGAAAGUCCCGGUGGCACCACGUUAAAUUUUACGAUAAGCCACGCACGCUUGCCAGUGGAGUUGCAACCACACAUCGAUUUGCAAAUUACGGCCUCACUACCGGCACUGAUGUCGUCUGUCGUCAACGAGAUGCGCCACGUUAUCAAGGCUGCCGACGAUGCUCUCGACCAGGAACGCAAAAAUGGUUCUUGCAAAGUUCCUGGCGGCAAGCUUCAAGCUGACUCCCGUCGCCGGCGAGGCGGUGCCAUGAUGAGAGCCAUCAUCGGGAUAGCCGACGAGCUAGCCAAUAUUGGUGUGAUAAUCUACGAGACUGUCAAAGACCAAUCCAGCGCGAUCUCGAGUACGUUCGGAUUCAUGAUUGGUCGCAUCUCUCGCCAGCCUUUCAAAGACGCCACGGUGGUGACACGCGGGAUAUCAUAGCCUGAGGCAGGAAAGUUAUCACCAAACAUUAAGACAGAUCUUGACAAGAUGGACCAGCUCCGCUCCGCAUGGUCAUGGAAGUGAUACUUGUGAACAGCGGCAAUUCCAACAACGGUCGUCCCACACUAGGUACAAAAUAAUUAUCAUUCUUACCAGUUAAUAC